UCCAUUUCUUAUUUUAGGUUAUUUGAAGAUGUUGUAGAAAUAUCAGCAUCACAGGAGACAUACGUCACCAUCAUGAUAACGGAAAUAGUGAUUUUGAUAGUGAUUGGUGUGAUUACCUUUGUUAUCUACAUAACCUACAGAAACAGGCAGGGAUCAUUUACAGACCACGGGACAACUGUCCGAACACAAGACGCUGUGGAGGUCGACCCGUGUGAACACAGUGCAUCAGAAAGUGAGCAUUCCGCUGAAGUAGAUCCACGUCACCACAAUGAACCGCUCGUGUCAGAAAGUGAUCUUUCCGCUGAAGUAGACGGACGUCAACACAAAGAAUCAGUAGUAUCAAAGAGCGAUCUCUCUGCUGAAUUGGACCCAUGCCACCAGGAGGAAUCAACCGAAUCAAAGAGCAAUCUCUCUGCUGAAUUGGACCCAUGCCACCAGGAGGAAUCACCCGAAUCAAAGAGCGAUCUCUCUGCUGAAUUGGACCCAUGCCACCAGGAGGAAUCACCCAAAUCAAAGAGCGAUCUCUCUGCUGAAUUGGACCCAUGCCACCAGGAGGAAUCACCCGAAUCAAAGAGUGAUCUCUCUGUUGAAUUGGACCCAUGCUACCAGGACGAAUUACCCGAAUCAAAGAGUGAUCUCUCUGUUGAAUUGGACAUCAAGAGUAAGGUCCCUACCCAUGAACCUUCGCAACAAAUGUCGGCCAAAACAGAGGACAGCGGUGUUACUAUUGCGGAUGAUGAUGAUCUUCCCUCUUCUGAAUGCACCCGUGCAUCAGCAGCAGCAAAUAUCGUGAACCUUCCCACAGCAGAUGCAAUUAAGAAACCUCCUCAGAGUGGAUAUACCCAUCGAAAACUAAAUGUGUAUAUACACAGCAAGCAGUAUAAGGGCACCAAGCAGGACAGUACACAGUACAGUCUUUGA